AUGGCCGCCGUUCGCGCCGCCUGCUCGGCUGCUCAAACAGCAGCCAUAAGUUCAUGCAAUGCGAUAAACCGUCACCUGUCGAGGCCACUAAGCACCGCAGCCACGUCAGCACGAGCCUCUCUCGUUGCGCGUUCUCCGCCAUUGCGCAGCGCAGUCGCCUUCGUGCAGGUGCCACGUCAGCCACGUCGCGAGUCACAUUGCAUACGUGUCGUCCGUGCGAGCAGCACUGGAAGCUCCGACAAUUCGACCAAUGACGCGAGCUCGGAAGGCUCCGGCUUUUUCGGAUGGCUGAAGCUGCCGAAUCUGGACGGAUUGUUCGGAAAGAAGGGAGAGACGGAGGUGAAGACGAGUUCGGAGAUUGAGAGCGAGGGAGCUUUGGAAGAGAAUGUGAUAGCGCCGGAGCCCGAAGUGGUCAGGGAAGAGCCCCCCGAGGAGCUGGACGUGGUGAUCAUCGGAGCGGGACUCGCAGGGCUGCGGGCAGCGUUAGCACUGCAGGAGGCGGGGGUGGAGUGUGUGGUUUUGGAGGCGUCAGACGGGGUGGGAGGGCGCGUGCGCACAGAUGAAGUGGACGGGUUUCUGCUUGAUAGAGGCUUCCAGAUCUUCCUCUCAGCCUACCCCGAGGCACAGCAGGUGAUGGAUUACGAGGCAUUGGACCUCAGGCCCUUCUACUCGGGCGCUCUCGUGUGGUUUGGAGGCUCCUUCCACAGGGUGGCCGACCCCUUCCGCCACACCUCCGACGGCCUUGGCUCUCUCUUCAACCCCAUUGGCUCUGUCUUUGACAAACUGCGCAUUGGUUUGCUGCGCCUGAAGGCCGUCUCCUCGCCCGUGGAAGGGAUUCUCUCAGCGCCGGAGAGCAGCAUUGAGGAGGCACUCAAGAAGCAGGGGUUCUCCAAUGAGAUGAUUGACCGCUUCUUCCGUCCCUUCCUCGGAGGGAUCUUUUUCGACAACGAGCUCAGCACUUCCUCUAGGUUGAUGGAGUUUGUGCUACGCAUGCUCGCACUGGCACCCAACACCCUCCCCUCAUCCGGCAUCGGAGCCCUCGCCUCUCACCUCACCUCUCGCCUCCCCUCCCACUCCAUCCGCCUCAACUCCCCCGUCUCCUCUAUCACCCCCAACCUUUCGACCUACUCCCCUGUCCCUAUCUCCGAGCCCAUCCUCUUUUUAAACGGCUCCGGUAGCGGCAUUGUCAACAACCUCUGCUUCCCCAGUGUAGUGUCCCCUUCCUAUGCUCCGCCUGGCAAGACACUGGUUUCGGUCUCCCUUGUCGGUGCCUACGAGGAUCGGACCGAAGCUGAACUAGAGGCUCGGGUGCGCACGGAGCUGGCAGGCUGGUUCGGGAAGGAGGAAGUGGAGGCUUGGAAGAUGCUCCGGGCAUACAGGAUUCCGUUUGCUCAGCCGGGACAAAGGCCUCCCACUGACUUCUCUGGGGAAGUGGAAGUGGGGGAGAGGGAGGGAGUGUAUGUGUGUGGAGAUCACAAGAGCUCCCCCACUUUCGAUGGAGCAUUGGCUUCUGGUAGAAUGGCUGCAGAAGCUUUGCUGGCUAGAAGAGAGUAA